AUGCCGCCACAAUUACAAGCCAAUUAUUCUCUGAAGAAACAGGGAAGAGUUUUCCACGGAAGAACGAAAACUGCUUGUUCUUUCUGUCGUAAAAAAAAGGUGAAGUGCGAUGGGAAAGUGCCAUGUUCGACAUGCUUACAACAUAAAAAUCAACAAUGUGAUCUAAUAUCGCAAGUUGCGCCUAAUAGAAGUGUACAAAACUCACAAAUAAUCAAACCAAAAUUGCCUAUCAAAAAUGCAAAUAAUGUAUUGCAUACUCCAGCAGUUUCUUCAAAUGAGAUGGGGCUGUAUGCGAAUCUGAUCGGGAAUCAUUCAGGAGCAGAGUCACUGAAUAAAGCCUCUGGUCAGUUUGCGGAAUGCCCUUGCGCUUCAUCUGAAGAGACAAUAAAUUUUUUUCAAGAUGGAGGUAAAAUUGUUGCAAUAAGUCCCUACAGCAGACAAUUUUUUGGUCCAUUUUCGUGGCUUUCUUUACUCCUCAAUGAUAUUUAUGCUUUGCCAUACAUGCGUUACAUUUUAAGUCACAAGAAGGAUUUUAAUACUAUAAUUGAGGACUUGGAAACUUACACAAAAGAUAAUCAUACUUUCAAGGAUGAAAAUUUGAACAAUAACAUAAAUUUAUCUAAUCUUCAAAAGGGCACUAACAUAAACGAGAUAGAUAAUAAAUCUGCCUAUAUCCAUCAUGCAGUCCAGAAGAAUGAUUUAAUGCAAAGUAUUAAAUUGAUUUUACCAAAGAAAGACGUAAUUUGGAAAUUAAUAAAUCAAUUUUUCCUUGCCGCAUAUCCUUUUUUCCCCUUAGUGGAAGAAUCAGAUUUCAGAAGACAUUUAGAAGAAAUAAUUGGAGAAGAGGAUUAUACGGAUACAAAGGUAGCAGAUUUCACAAUCAGGAAGAGGGUGGACUAUGCUGUAAUUGGCCUUCUUCUAAUUUUUUUAAGAAUUGCUUAUUUAAGCCUAUCGUCGAAUAUCGAAGAUAAUGGACCGAAGGAUGUACAAAAAUCACCUAUUGUUUCAGAGAGAGAAUAUUUGCUAUCAAAUCCCAUUAAAAUUGAAGCAUUCACAGUUGCAAAGAAUUGCUUCAGCCAAUUUGAUUAUUUUAAUUGUAUUGAUAUUCAAGUAUUACAAUUGGUACUCUUUAUUAGAAUUUAUUAUAUAUAUGCACCGGAAGAAGGUGAUGAUUAUGAUGGUAAAAUAUCACGAAUACUUAAUUCUACAAUUAUUCAAAUGGCAUAUUCAAUGGGAUUACAUCGAGAUCCAGGUCAUUUACCAUAUAACUUCAAUAAUAUCAAGUUGAAUAAUAAUUUAAACAGAAAGAUAUGGUACUUUAUUGUGUCCUUGGACUAUAACAGUAGUAUUUUAUCUGGGGAUCCAUUAAGUACUAAAAUUAUUCCUGCUGAUACAAAUAUACCAGACUUCAAUCCAGAUUACGAAAAUACUAAUAAAAAUGUGGAGAACGAAAUUGUUGAAGUUUUGGCCGACACCAAGGUCCGAUUGGCAAUGUCAAAAACGGUUAUUGAUAUUGUUUUAAAUAUAGAACAAGGCGCAAACGUAAAACAACUUUUAGUAUCGCUUGCUAACUUAGAAUCCUUGUCACAUAGAGACGUUGUUCUGGACCAGUUUUACAAAUGGGAUAUGAUUCCAUUGAAAAAAAUGAUUGAAAUGAAAAAUAAUCUCGAAUUAAGGUUUUGGUUAUCAUCGAUUUAUUUUAAGCUUUUCAUUCAUUAUGAGGAACGUAAAAAUAAUGAUUUGAUAUGUGUUUAUUCGAAAAAAAUUUUAAAAAUUUCAGUUGUAGAAAUAAUACCAUAUAUUUUGAAGGUAUCAGAUAGCCGUACGAAAACCUUAUCUGAAUUUGAUAUUUUUUAUAUCUUACCAAGUUUGCUACUCCUGUCACAUAAAUUUAUUUUUAGCGUAUCCUUCGUCUUGAUACGUGUAAAAUACUUUGAAUUCAAAUUAAAACUAGCAUCAAAAUAUGAAUCAAAUAUAUUAGAAAAUGAUUCCCUGUAUAACAAGGCACAGCGUUUAAUUUACCUACUUCAGGCUUGCAUUAAAUGGAUAUUAGACUUUCUCAAAAGAUUGAGUAAAAGCUACUUUAAAGCUUGGAGGUUGUACAAAGUGCAGAACCAUAUACUUUCAAUAAUUGCAUCUGAAAACUUUUAUCUAGAGAGCAAAACGGCUAUAUUAAACUUAUGGAACCCUUUCAGCGAACAGACUAUAGAAGAGUUGAUUGAAACUCUUCAACCCGCAGUUAAUGAUAUUGAAGCUUCCAAUAAGAUGCCAUUGUUCCUGCAAAAUUUUUCUAUUUGUGAAGAAUCCAAAAACCAAAUGGACUUCAUGAGAAACGACGCGAUGGAAUUUGAUAGUUUUUGGCUAGAUAUGAUCUCAAGAAACAAUCCCAUAGAUUUCGAACAAGAUUAUAUUUUUAAUCCAUUUGCAAGUCUUGAUAUGGCAUUAGACCCUGCAUUAAUGUCUGAUUUUAAUAAUGACACAAAUAGUAUGCAAGGUCAAAAAUAG